UUAAUUGCUUUCAAGAACCAUAUAUUUUUUUUUUUUUUAUAUAUAUAUAUAUAUACACUGCGGAGAAGGUUUGAGUUCUUGAAGUUAUAACAAAAAUGGAGGAAAAUCUUCCUCCAGGAUUCAGAUUCCAUCCAACAGACGAAGAGCUCAUAACAUUUUAUUUAACAAGAAAAGUGUCUGAUGUCAGUUUCACAUCCAAAGCUAUUGUAGAUGUUGAUCUCAAUAAGUCUGAACCUUGGGAACUUCCAGGCAAGGCUUCAAUGGGGGAGAAAGAAUGGUAUUUCUUUAGCUUGAGAGAUCGAAAAUACCCCACCGGACUUCGAACGAAUCGAGCUACUGAAGCAGGGUAUUGGAAAACCACAGGGAAAGAUAAAGAUAUAUUUCGUGGAGGAGUAUUGGUAGGGAUGAAGAAAACCCUAGUUUUUUACAAGGGUAGAGCUCCAAGGGGUGAGAAAAGUAACUGGGUUAUGCAUGAAUACAGGCUUGAAAACAAACAUCCUUUCAAGCAUAAUAAGGAGGAAUGGGUAGUUUGUAGGGUAUUCCAAAAGAGCUCACCAGCAGCCAAAAAACCACAACCGACACUAUCCUCUCAACAAUCUUUAGGAUCUCCAUGUGAUGAUACAAAUUCCAUUGUCAAUGAGUUUGGAGAUAUUGAGUUACCAAACCUAAACAACAUUGUCAAUUCUUCCUCAUCUACUUGCUUCAACAGCCUCUCUUCAACAGUACAAAAUACUAAUUUUCUCACCACCAAUAACAAUGACACCAAUGUAAAUUUAAACACAAAUAUGAACAUGAACUGGGCUACAACUCUCCCUUCACUCUCUUGGCCUUCAAGCUUGCUAAGCUCAAAUCUCACAAUGAAUUCCUUGCUUCUCAAGGCAUUGCAAUUUAGAAGCUAUCAACAAGGAGAAGGUGCAGCAAGUAGUAGUACAACUAAUCCUUACUCAUUCCUUACACAGGGAAUUCCUCAGUUUGUCGGAACGACAACGGAUUGUAUAAGUUCAAAUAAUUUUCAGGCUGCUUCUUCUUCUCUAUCCUCCAAGGUUUUAGAAUCUGUAUUGCCACAACAACAACCACAGCAGGAGCAACCAUUCAAUUUGGACUCCAUUUGGUAAUGAAGCUGUGUAAAUAUUAAACCAUUCCUAACAUCUUUUCUGUUUCAAUUAUCUUCAACGAAGACUUAAAGUAUAUAUAGAGUCUUGGAGCAACGAAGCUCAAGCUCAUGCAUAUAAAUGCCACAAGAAAAAUAAUGGUCAGAUUUCAUUUGUCUAGGAAUGUAGUAAAAACCUUUAAAAAAAUUGUAAUGUUUUAGUUAAUUAAUUAUGUAUCUUUUUUUUAUGUUGAAGUGUUAAUUUUAGUUAAGUUGGUGAACUACUGCUUCAAUACAAAAGAAGUAGCUUGCUAAAUUAACAUUACAAGUCAUUUA